CCCAAAACCCUAAUUAUACAAUACACUCCUUCACCCUCUUCUCUAUUCUCUCCACCGCCCCCUUCAAAUCUUUUGGCUUCUUCUCUCGAUUUUUCUUCUGACGUGAUUAUCAUUUUUAUCCUGUGACGGUAGAAAACACAAAAUGGUGAAGAAGAGCAAAAAGAGUAAGAGUAAGAGGGUUUCGUUGAAGAAGAAGUACAAGGUGAUCCGGAAAGUGAAGGAGCACAACAAAAAAAAGACGAAGGAAGCUAAGAAGCUUCGGCUGAGUGGAAAAAAGAAGGUUGAGAAGGAUCCUGGUAUUCCCAACGAUUGGCCCUUUAAGGAACAGGAACUCAAAGCCCUUGAAGCUCGAAGAGCCAAGGCCAUUGAGGAAUUGGAGCAAAAGAAAGCUGAACGCAAGGAAAGGGCUCGUAAAAGGAAAUUGGGCUUGCUAGAGGAGGAAGGUGAUACUUUGCCAGAGGAUUCUAGAAGAAAUAGUAAUGAUUUUGGUACUGCCGUGAGGACCAGAGAUAGCUCAGAUAGAGCCUUUUACAAGGAUCUUGUUAAGGUUAUUGAAGCCUCUGAUGUCUUACUGGAGGUCCUUGAUGCCCGGGAUCCUCUGGGGACUCGCUGUCCUGAGAUAGAAAACAUGGUGAUGAAAUCGGGGCCUGAUAAACGUCUCGUGUUGCUUUUAAAUAAAAUCGAUCUUGUGCCUAAAGAAGCUUUAGAAAAGUGGCUCAAGUACCUUAGAGAAGAAUUACCUACUGUGGCCUUCAAGUGUAGCACACAACAACAAAGAUCAAACUUAGGGUGGAUAUCUUCUAAGAAAGUCAAAGCCAAAUCAAGUGAUGUUUUGCAACUAAGUGAUUGUCUUGGAGCUGAUACUCUACUCAAAUUGUUGAAGAAUUACUCAAGAAGUCAUGAGAUCAAAAAGUCAAUCACUGUGGGUUUGAUUGGCUUGCCCAAUGUGGGUAAGAGUAGCCUUAUUAAUAGUUUAAAAAGGUGUCAUGUUGUCAAUGUUGGCUCUACUCCGGGGUUAACAAGAUCAAUGCAAGAGGUGCAAUUGGACAAAAAUGUUAAGUUGCUAGAUUGCCCUGGUGUUGUUAUGCUGAAGUCUCAAGAAAAUGAUGCUUCCAUUGCCUUAAAAAAUUGCAAGAGGAUUGAGAAGUUAGAGGAUCCAAUUAGCCCAGUGAAGGAAAUUCUAAAGCUCUGUAUGCCCGAGCAGCUUGUAACUCUGUACAAGAUUCCCAGUUUCAAUGUAGGUGAUGUUGACGACUUUCUGCGGAAGGUAGCUACAGUCAGGGGCAAACUCAAAAAGGGUGGAAUAGUUGACGUUGCUGCUGCUGCAAGAAUCAUUCUUCAUGACUGGAACGAGGGUAAAAUUCAGUAUUAUACCAUGCCCCCAAAUAGGGAUCAAGGUGAACCUUCGGAGACGAAGAUAGUUUCUGAAUUUGCAAAAGAGUUUAACGUUGAUGAAGUCUACAACAAUGAAUCUUCAUUUAUUGGGAGUCUUAAAUCUGUUGAUGACUUCAAUGCUGUUGAAGUUCCUUCAAGUCACCCUCUCAAUCUUACUGAAAUGAUGUUGGAGGAUGAGACACAAACCAAGUCAGCUGACCAAGGCGAAGAUCCCGGAAAUGUGGCUGAGGUGGAUGAAUCCAUGGAAGAUGGUGGUGGGAAGAACAAGGAUAACAGUGCUGCAAGUAGGCAAAAUGAAAAAUUAUAUGCUGCAGACGGUAUGCUUAAUACAAAACUGAGGCGCGCAGAGAAGAAGAAAAGAAAAAAGGAUAAGAAAGCUUCCGCCUCUUCGGAUCCCAUGGAUGGUGAUUACGAUUUCAAAACUGAUUACUUCCAAAAGGAAGCCUCCAUGGAUUCUGAAGACAGCCAGAGUGAGGAUGGUGAUGAUGAACCAGUCAACUCUGAAGUGCCUAUGUCUGCUAUCCAAAUUGAUGAAUGAUGAACAAGCCAGCAUAUUCAUUAUUUAAAGAUGAUAUAAGGUUUUGCUUUUUCUCUGAGGUAUCUGCAAGAUCUGUAUAAUUUGAGUUAUGAAUUUUGAUCUUUGUAAGAGUUUAUAUAAACCAUUAUUAAAUUAUAUGCAAUUUUAAGACAACUUUUGCA